CUAUUUAUCUACCACCUUUAAUUUCAGUCGAAUCAAUGAAACUCUGCAUCAUUGCUAUUUUCUGCCUCUCUGUGGUACAAAUGUGCUCCGCCGGUUGCUCAUCGGUCAACCAAGCAACAUUAAACCUCAUCAAGAAUGCUGAGGGUUUUGCCUCUUUGGUUGGCCCUGACCCCAUUGGUCUGCCAACAGUUGGUUAUGGUCAUCUUUGUCAGAAACCAAACUGUGCCGAGUUGCCCAGCAGUGGACCCCUCACCCAAGCACAAGCCCAGGAUCUCCUUGUCAGCGACAUCAAGCCCAAAGCCUCCUGCCUUGGGUCAGCUGUUAAUAGCUCUGUAAAGCUCAACGAGAACCAGUGGGGUGCAUUGAUCUCCUGGACGUUCAAUAUCGGGUGCAGCAAUAUGCAAUCAUCAACGCUGAUCAAGCGCCUUAAUAACAAAGAGGAUCCCAACCUGGUUGCUGAGCAGGAGCUAGGUAAAUGGAAUAAAGCCAACGGCAAGGUGUUUUCUGCAUUGGUGGCACGUCGUGCCAAUGAAACACAGUUGUUCAAAACGGCGUCGACCAAGGAGGCCCAUCCCAGUUGCAAUUGAAUGAAUGAAUGAGUUGGUUAUUGGUUAUUUCUUCAAACUGAUUGCCAACCAAAUAUCUAUUUAUUUUUUACGGUUCAACUAUAGUAUAAACAACCAAAUCA